CAUAUCCCAGCAUGCUCCGUAAAAUAAGUAUCCGGCAAACAAACAGGGAUGCAGCGGGACAAAACCGGAAGCUCCGGCGGCGCUGAAAAGCCUGACCGGGAGACUGCCAUUAUGUCCAAGUACUACGACGGAGUGGAGUUCCCUUUCUGCGAUGAGUUUUCCAAAUAUGAAAAGCUGGCGAAGAUCGGCCAGGGCACCUUUGGGGAAGUGUUUAAAGCUAAGCAUAGGCAGACCGGGAAAAAGGUGGCUUUGAAAAAAGUCCUGAUGGAGAACGAGAAAGAAGGGUUUCCCAUCACUGCACUGAGAGAGAUAAAGAUACUGCAGCUUCUCAAACACGAGAAUGUGGUGAACCUCAUUGAGAUCUGCAGGACCAAAGCCACCCAGUUCAAUCGGUACAAGGGCAGCAUCUACUUGGUGUUCGACUUUUGCGAGCAUGACCUGGCGGGGCUGCUGAGCAACGCCAACGUCAAGUUCACCUUGGCCGAGAUCAAGAAGGUCAUGCAGAUGCUUCUCAACGGACUAUACUACAUCCACAGGAACAAGAUCCUGCACCGUGACAUGAAAGCUGCCAAUGUGCUGAUCACACGCGACGGGGUGCUGAAGCUGGCCGACUUCGGCCUAGCCAGAGCCUUCAGUCUGGCCAAGAACAGCCAAGGCAAUCGCUACACCAACCGCGUGGUCACGCUCUGGUACCGUCCCCCGGAGCUGCUGCUGGGGGAACGAGACUAUGGCCCCCCCAUCGACCUGUGGGGUGGCGGCUGUAUCAUGGCUGAGAUGUGGACCCGCAGCCCCAUCAUGCAAGGCAACACGGAACAGCACCAGCUCACACUCAUCAGCCAGCUGUGUGGCUCCAUCACUGCGGAGGUCUGGCCAGGCGUGGACAAAAAAUAUGAACUGUAUCAAAAAAUGGAAUUGCCUAAAGGGCAGAAAAGAAAGGUGAAAGAUAGAUUAAAGGCUUAUGUGAAGGACCCCUACGCACUCGACCUCAUCGAUAAGCUCCUCGUUCUUGACCCCGCCCAGCGCACCGACAGCGAUGACGCCCUCAACCACGACUUCUUCUGGACCGAUCCCAUGCCCUCCGACCUCAAGAACAUGCUCUCCACUCACAACACAUCCAUGUUUGAAUACCUAGCUCCGCCCCGGAGGCGGGGCCACAUGCCCCAACAGCCAGCCAAUCAGAACCGCAACCCUGCCACCACCAGUCAGCCUGAGUUUGAUCGGGUUUUUUGAUUGGGCGGUCCCCUAGCAGACUCAAUUUGGAGGGAAGUAUAAAUGUGGGUAUCUGUCGGAUGGUUCUGUAGAACCGUCCUGUACCCGGCGGUAGAUAUUUCAGGUGAAACUGAAGCAGUCAGUUUCUCUCUUGUGUUCCCCAAAUCGUACCCACCUGAGCCUCCCGUUUAGUGUUUAGGGGCAUCAUUGGCACGAACUGUGAAGCAUCGUUCGAGUAGCAGUGUUCUGUCGUGACCUUUGUGGUCCAGUGACAGGCGCCUACUAGGCUUGGAGACAAAGCAUCUCAAUGGAACGGAUUGUCGAGUGUCUGGUUGGGAGACAGAAAACCAAGCCGGCUGGUUUUUAUGGCCGGCCGACCUGAAGUCGGCCCUUGUUGACCCAAGAACAUUUCCAUCUCCUGGUUUUUCAUGAAAACCAUUUCCCUUUUGUUACCAAUCCUGGGUGCUUUUACACAUUUUUUUUUUUUUUUUUACGUUUUGUUUUAAAAAGUGUAAUUGGAGACCAUUUGACAGUGACUGCAUACUGUCGCCUGUUGUGAAGCAGGUGAAAUUUAGCUGUACAGAGUUGUCCACAUCUGAAAAAGAAUUGUUUUGAAAUGGAAGAUGGAUUGCAGUAUGCAAAUAAAAUAUGCAAAAAGAA